AUGACGCUGGUCUACUUUCCCCCGCCGCGGCAGCCUCCCUCCCGCCCCAGUCGGCUGGCCCAGCAGUUGGGCCAGUCCGCUUGGCAGCUGGCCCAGCGCUUUGGAAAACGCACCACUAUUCACGGCCUGGACAGACUCCUAAGCGCCAGGGCCAGCCGGUGGGAGCGGUUCGUCUGGCUGUGCACCUUCGUGACCGCCUUCCUGGGGGCGGUGUACGUGUGCCUUAUCCUCUCGGCCCGCUAUAACGCCGCCCACUUCCAGACGGUGGUGGACAGCACCCGCUACCCGGUGUAUCGCAUCCCCUUCCCGGUGGUCACGAUCUGCAACCGCAACCGCCUCAACUGGGAGCGCCUGGCGCAGGCGCGGUCGCGGUUUCUGGCGAACGGCAGCGACUCCGAGCAGCUGGCCCUCUUCGAGCGCAUCGUUGGCAGCUUCGACGACGUCCACUUCGGCCACUUCCAGUCCUUCGAGCAGCUGCGCAACCAGCCGACCGAGCUGCUGAGCUACAUCAACUUCAGUCAGGUGGUGGACUUCAUGACCUGGCGCUGCGACGAGCUGCUCGCGGACUGCCUGUGGCGCCACUAUGCCUACGACUGCUGCGAGAUAUUCUCGAAGCGGCGCAGCCUGAACGGACUGUGCUGGGCCUUCAACUCCCUGGAGACCGACGAGGGCCGGCGGAAGCAGCUGCUCGACCCCAUGUGGCCCUGGCGCACGGGCUCGGCAGGGCCCAUGAGCGCCCUUUCCGUGAGGGUCCUUCUCCAAGCCUCCAAGCACUGGCCGGGCCACCGGAAGGACGCACUGGAGGGUAUCGACGUCAUGGUGACCGAACCGUUUGUGUGGCACAACAACCCCUUCUUCGUUCCCGCGAACACCGAGACGACCUUGGAGAUCGAACCGAUCAUCUACUUCUACGACAACGACACGCGAGGGGUUCGCUCCGACCAGCGACAGUGUGUGUUUGACGACGAGCACACCAGCAAGGACUUCAAGUCGCUACAGGGCUACGUCUACAUGAUCGAGAACUGCAUGUCGGAAUGCCAGCAGGAGUACCUGGUGCGAUACUGCAACUGCACGAUGGAGCUGCUGUUUCCGCCGGGCCAAUACCGGUCUUGCCGGGCGCAGGACCUGCUCUGCUUGGCAGAACACAACGACCUGCUCCUCUAUUCCCACCAACCAGGCGAGAAGGACUUUGUGCGAAACCAGUUCGAGGGGAUGUCUUGCCGGUGCUUCCGCAACUGCUACUCCCUCAACUACAUCAGCGAUGUCCGCCCCGCUUUCCUGCCGCCGGAGACACACGCCAAUUCCUCGUAUAUCGACUUGGACGUACACUACCGCUUCGAGACCAUAAUGGUCUACCGCACGAGUCUCGUCUUUGGCUGGGUAGACUUAAUGGUUAGUUUUGGUGGAAUUGCCGGUCUGUUUCUCGGCUGCUCCCUUAUAAGUGGGAUGGAGUUGGCCUACUUUCUGUGUAUUGAGGUGCCUGCCUUUGGAUUCGACGGGUUGCGCCGGCGCUGGCGAGCAAGGCGACAGAUGGAUAUGGGUAUCAGCUUGCCCACACCAACGAUGAAUUUGCAGCAGAACACUCCCAGUCAGCUAAUGGAGAACUACAUUCUCAAAUUAAGAGCAGAGAAGACCCAGCAGCAGGAGUUCAAGCAAAAAGGGAACUUUCAAAACUGGCAACGCUCAACAUUUGCCCAAAAACACAUUAUUAGCAAGUAAAUUAUUGGGAGCGAAUAAAGUUUAUAUUUCCAUUCUGAUGGUCAAGUAACCAAACAGAUCUACAUUUUCGUCUUGCAGCCCUGUCUUGGGACAGGUUAACCUAUUAGGGAUUCAGGUUUUGCGUUGUGUUCUAUGUAAUGUUAUUAUUAUCAAACAUCGUUAAUCAAAAACACUGCCGGCGAAAAUGUAAAAAAAAUAUUAAAUAAACAAACGGCAAAGAGUUGUUCUUCAAAAGC